GUUAACGUCAUAAGCACGCGUGAAUGUGUUUACCAAAACGUGUGAAUAUUUCUUAAGGUUCAAUGAUUUAAAUCAAGAAAAGGUUAAAAAUAAAUAAAAUGGAUUUUAUCAUCGAUACUGUUGGAGAUGAUGAUCUUCAAGUGAAGACAGAAUUAGUUGACGAUGCGGAGAAACCAUAUUAUCGAGAUCAAGAAGAAAGACAAGCAGCAAUUUUAUCUCUAUUCGACACAAAAAAGCAAGAAUUAGAUACAAAACAAGCAACAGAAGAUGAAAUUAAUAUGAAGUUAAAAAGUAUGAAAAUCGAUAGUCUUUGUGACGAAUUCUUUCACGAGAUGGGCUGGUCGCAGUCCAUAAUUGUUAAAAGGGAGAAAAAGAAAAGAUUAUUCCAUUUUGACCAACUAGAUUUGGAGACGGGUAAACUGAAGUCUAACCUUGGUGGUGUUGAUGUCGAAAAGGAGAUGAAGAGCAGUGUCCUAAAGCCAGGUUUCGAACAAGACCAUGAGAUGCCUAGCUAUGACGUCAGUAAGAACAAACUGAAGGCUCUAAGAAGGAAAGAACGAGAGAAGACCAAGGGACCUGGCUGGUUUAACCUGCCAGCACCAGAGAUCACCGAGGAACUGAAGAAUGACCUCCAAGUCCUGAAGAUGAGAUCAGCUCUAGACCCCAAACACUUCUACAAGAAGAAUGAUAUGGAAGUGCUGCCAAAGUACUUCCAGGUUGGUCGGAUCAUGGAUUCUGCGCUAGACCAUGUGAAUGAGAGGUUGACAAAGAAGCAGAGGAAGAGAACUAUGGUUGAUGAACUUUUAGCAGAUGCUGAAUUCCAGAAGUACAACAAGAAGAAAUACAAAGAAAUUGUUGAUGAAAAGAGACGAACAGAGUACAGAACUUUCAUGAGAGAUAAGAGACAAAAGAAUAAAGCUGAACUAAAGAAGACUAAGUUAAAAACCAAGAAGAAAGCAUAGUUAAUAAAUAGUAAUUUUAGUUUAAAAAUGAAUUUUUAUUUUUAUAAUGU